AGCAGAGCCCACCAUGUCGUAGAUAAGAGACUGCGAGAAAAAGCUGGGUGGACAGAGCAAAGCACAGAAAGAGCAUCAGACACCACGGAGAUGAGUCAAUGGACGCCGCUAAGAAGCCGUCACUGCCUUCGGACCUGCGGCGCCGUACCUGAAAAGGUGUGCUCGGUGAGCACUGCAAGGUGGCGUGUGACUGGCACACUGCCGCAGAGAACACAGCAAAGGUCAACAACACUUUUUAUCGACAGGGACUGCAGAAAGCAAACUGCGGGUUUUUUCAUCUCCAUGGCGAGCAUUUUGUUGUAUUUAUGGGGAACUAUCUGCAGCACCAAAACUUUCCUCUUGCUCUGGGCACUCCUGUUGCUCCACGGGCCUCUCUGCGGACAGAGCAGCCCCAUCUCCAAUACGGACCGGAGGCCCCGACCAGCUACGGGGACACGGGACGUUCUGGGAGGGGCGGACAACCCGUCCCGUUCGGAGCAGGAGGGCAACCCGAACAGGCAGGGGGUCCUAGAGAGCUUGAAAGAGCAGUUUUUGCAGACGUUCAACCUGUCCGGCCUGGGUCCGCCUCCGCUGCCGCCUGGAAGCAUACGAGAGGAGCCACCGGAGUACAUGAUGGAGCUCUACAACCGCUUCGCCAACGACCGCACUUCCCAGCCCGUUGCCAGCAUCAUCCGCAGCUUCAAAAACGAGGAUUUUUCUUCAAGUGCCGUAGGCGCCGGAGGCGUAAGGCGCCACCCACUUCUCUUCAACGUGUCCGUCCCCCACCACGAGCGCAUCACGGCGGCCGAGCUCCGCCUCUAUACCCUCAUCCAGACUGACCGCCGUCUGUACGCCGGUGUGGACCGCAGGGUCACCAUCUAUGAGGUGGUACCUGGUGACGGGGACGACAACACCACCCAUGAGAAUGUUCUCGUAGAGUUAGGGGCGGAGGAGGCCGUGGCGCUGGUGGAGUUGGCGUCACGGCAAGUUUUCGGCACGGACGACGGCUGGGAAGCGUUUGACCUCACCUCUUCCGUCCUGCGGUGGCGGGAAUCCGAGCGCGGCACCACGCAUCGAUUGGAGGUGCACAUUGACAGCAUGGCGCUUGAGGUCGAGGCUCGGGGGUUCAGGGAGGAAAACGAAAUUGAGAACACGGCGGCAGGAAACAUGAAGAUCGACACCGGCAGCAAGGAAAAGCACAAACCUCUGCUGAUUGUUUUCUCCGACGACCAAAGCAGCGACCAUCGAGAUAACAAGCGUGAGCUGAGUGAAAUGAUCGACCACGAAGCCAACGUCAUCCCCCAAAACGACCUGGAGAACGACCUGUGGGGCGGGUACGACGAGUCCGAGCCGGACGAGGCGGACCUGAUACAAAUGCGCUCCAAUCUGAUCUACGAUACGACCUCGCGUAUCCGCCGCAACGCCAAGGGCAACCACUGCAGGAGACAACCUCUACAUGUGGAGUUCAAAGACAUCGGCUGGGACAGUUGGAUCCUGGCGCCCGGCAGCUACGACGCCUACGAGUGCUCGGGGACGUGCUCGUUUCCGCUGACCAAACACGUCACGCCUACUAAACAUGCCAUCGUGCAGACGCUGGUGAACAUCAACAGUCCUCAGAGGGCGGCGAGGGCCUGCUGCGUGCCCACCAAGCUGGAUCCAAUCUCGCUUCUCUACCUGGACGACACAGGCGUGGUGACGUACAAGCACAAGUACGAGGGCAUGGCUGUUGCCGAGUGCGGCUGCAGAUAGUCGAUGGUCUUGGAAAGAGACGAACAAUGUGCUUCGACCGUUGUGUCAGGUGUGGUCCGAAGGAUUCUUGUACAUUGUAUUUAUUACGAAUAAUAGUUGCCAAGUUUCCAACACAGUGGAGAUGAGGUCUCACAACUAAAAUGUUGUUCGGAACGAAACACAUUCUUCAGGAUUCUGUGGGAACUAGUGGGCCAGUCCCCCCCCCCACCCCCGCUUCACCCCCCAUGACAUGUGUUUCCCUCCACUUAUCACUUGAUGCAAACACUAAUCAGCACUUCAGUGAAAUGACCUCCUUAAGGCAACCUGAACUCUCCAAGCCCGCCUCCUGUGGCCUCCUGAUACGUAGGCACCACGCAAGGAGUCCGACUGGCGAGGGUUAUCUAUCCAAACCCGGUUUCCCCCCCGGCCCCCCUCCCCCCUGCCUCCGUCAUGCCAAAGCUACAGUGAUAGCAAGGUGUUUGCGGCUGAGAAACAUGUAUUCCACCCAUCAGACAUGGACGCCAUUCCAGGCAAGGUUUGAGGUGGCGGGAUCGGAACAAGGACCACAUUCCUGGGGAGUCUUAACUUCGCUGUUCUUCCAGUGCGUUUCAAGCUCCUGAGUUUGGGUCAUCCAUCACUAUUUGGGGACCUUGUCAGCCGUGGAGCAGAAAAAGAACAGCAGUGUUGAGUUGGCCCAGUCUUUUGUAAGAAGGCUCUCGAUAGCUCUGCUGCUUGGAAUAAAAGACCGACUAUUUAUUGUUCUAAUUUAUUAUUUUUUUUUUGAUAAAACAGAUGACUAUAUAUGUAAAUGUUCUAUGUUACCCAAUGUUGAGCAUCCAGUAAGACUACAAACCCCGUUUCCAUAUCAAUCAAUGUUUAUUUAUAUAGCCCUAAAUCACAAAUGUCUCAAAGGACUGUACAAACCACUACGACUACGACGUCCUCGGAAGAACCCACAAAAGGGCAAGGAAAACUCACACCCAGUGGGACGCCAGUGACAAUGCUGACUAUGAGAAACCUUGGAGAGGACCUCAAAUGUGGGCAACCACUCACCCCUCUAGGGGACCGAAAGCAAUGGAUGUCGAGCGGGUCUAACAUGAUACUGUGAAAGUUCAAUCCAUAGUGGCUCCAACACAGCCGCGAGAGUUCAGUUCAAAGCGGAUCCAAGACAGCAGCCAGAGUCCCGUCCACAGGAAACCAUCCCAAGCGGAGGCGGAUCAGCAGCGUAGAGAUGUCCCCAACCGAUACACAGGCGAGCGGUCCAUCCUGGGUCUCGACUCUGGACAGCCAGUACUUCAUCCAUGGUCAUCGGACCGGACCCCCUCCACAAGGGGGGGGGGACAUAGGAGAAACAGAAAAGAAGCGGCAGAUCAACUGGUCUAAAAAGGAGGUCUAUUUAAAGGCUAGAGUAUAAAAAUGAGUUUAAAGGCGAGACUUAAAUGCUUCUACUGUGAGUUGGGAAGUUGUGUUAGAUGUAAAUAUAAACAGAAUACAAUGAUUUGCAAAUCCUUUUCAACCCAUAUUCAGUUGAAUACGCUACAAAGACAACAUAUUUGAUGUUCAAACUGAUGAACAUUUUUUUUGUUGCAAAUAAUCAUUAACUUUACAAUUUGAUGCCAGCAACACGUGACAAAUAAGUUGGGAAAUGGGACAAUAAAUACUAAUAAAGUUGAGAAAUACUCAUCAAAUACUUAUUUGGAACAUCCCACAGGUGUGCAGGCUAAUUGGGAACAGGUGGGUGCCAUGAUUGGGUAUAAAAGCAGCUUCCAUGAAAUGCUAAGUAAUUCACAAACAAGGAAGGGGUGAGGGUCACCAAUUUUUAAGAAAAUUGUCCAACAGUUUUAGAACAACAUUUCUCGAUGAGCUAUUGCAAGGAAUUUAGGGAUUUUACCAUCUACGGUCCGUAAAAUCAUCAAAGGGUUCAGAGAAUCUGGAGAAAUCACUGCACGUAAGCGAUGAUAUUACGGACUUUUGACCCCUCAGGCGGUACUGCAUCAAAAACCGACAUCAGUGUGUAAAGGAUAUCACCACAUGGGCUCAGGGACACCUCAUAAAACCACUGUGAGUAACUACAGUUGGUCGCUACAUCUGUAAGUGCAAGUUAAAACUCUACUAUGCAAAGCGAAAACCAUUUAUCAACAACACCCAGGAACACCGAAUGGCUUGGCUGGGCCCGAGCUCAUCUAAGAUGGACUGAUGCAAAGUGGAAAAGUGUUCUGUGGUCUGACGAGUCCACAUUUCAAAUUAUAUUUGGAAACUGUGGACAUAGUGUCUUUCGGAACAAAGAGAAAAAAUAACCAUCCGGAUUGUUGUAGGCGCAAAGUUCAAAAGCCAUCAUCUGUGAUGGUAUGAGGGUGUAUUAGAGCCCAAGGCAUGGGUAACUUACACAUCUGUGAAGGCACCAUUAAUGCUGAAAGGUCCAUACAGGUUUUGGAGCAACAUAUGUCGUCAUCCAAGCAACGUUAUCAUGGACGCCCCUGCUUAUUUCAGCAAAACAAUGCCAAGCCAUGUGUUAGUAAAAGAGUGCGGGUACUUUCCUGGCCCGCCUGCAGUCCAGACCUGUCUCCCAUGGAAAAUGUGUGGCGCAUUAUGAAGUGUAAAACACGACAACAAGACCCCAGACUGUUGAACGACUUAAGCUGUACAUAAAACAAGAAUGGUAAAGAAUUCCACUUUCAAAGCCUCAACAAUUAGUUCCCAAAACGUUUAUUGAGUGUUUUUAAAAGAACAGGUGAUGUAACACCGUGGUGAACAUGCCCUUUCCCAACUACUUUGGCAAGUGUUGCAGCCAUGAAAUUCUAAGUUAAUUAUUAUUUGCAAAAAAAAAUUAAGUUUAUGAGUUUGAACAUCAAAUAUGUUGUCUUUGUAGCAUAUUCAACUGAAUAUGGGUUGAAAAGGAUUUGCAAAUCAUUGUAUUCUGUUUAUAUUUACAUCUAACACAAUUUCCCAACUCAUAUGGAAAUGUGGUUUGUACAAAGUUGAAUCUCAUUGUUUAAGUUUAAAAUCUCAGCAAGCCAUUUUUCUAUUCACAAUCAUGAAUGCCGGACAUAUUUGCUCCAUCGUUAACGAUCAUUUGGAUUUGCUUCCGUCAACCAACGGUAUCAGCACACAGGUCAAAGUUCGUACAUGUCUUCUAAACAAAGACCCAUGGGAAAGUGACUUAGUGGGGGCUUUAAUGAAGAAAACGGAUCGUCUGCUGUGACGGAAAACCUGCACACGAGGAGCCAAGUGUCAAUUUUUACAAACAUAAUCUCAAUGAUAGGAUCAGACCACAUGUUGUAUUAUCAUGUUGCUCUUUGGAUGUAGCAACAACAUGCAAGAAAGCUGUAAAUAAAGGAGGUUAUUCUUUUCAUGAUCUGAAA